GGCUGUUUCGGCCCAUAAGCCGAUGAACUUCGUUAUUUUUAAUCCAGACGAGAUGAGGGCUGAAAGUUUGGGCUGCUACGGAAAUGAAGUGGCGAAGACGCCAAACUUUGAUUCUUUUGCAUCUCAAGGAACCCGUUUUGAGCAGUGCCACACAACGUACACUGUGUGCUCACAGUCACGUGCUAGCUUUAUGACAGGUUGGUACACUCAUGUCCGUGGUCAUCGAUCUUUGUGGCAUCUUCUUCACAAUGAUGAACCCAAUCUUUUGCGAUACUUGAAAAAAGCAGGUUACACUGUGAAUUGGUGGGGCAAGAAUGACUUACUGGCAGCCGACUCGUUUAACAGUAGUGUGUCUUCUGCAAUGCACAUGGGUGGACCUCAGAACGGUGGCAAUUCAUUUCGGUUUGGUGAGGCUGGUUACUACUCUUUUCUUAGUAAUGCAUACAAUGGUAACUGGAACGAGACUUCAGACUACAAUAACGUUGCAGAAGCUGUAAAAUUUUUGGAGACCAAACCAACUAAGCCAUUUAUGAUAUAUCUUCCUCUUAUUAAACCACAUCCACCCUAUUCUGCACCGGAACCAUUUCACAGUUUAAUAGAUCCUAAAGAUAUUCCAGAUCUUCGUCCGUGGGGCUUGGAUAAGAAGCCAGAUUACCAUGAACUGAUCAGGAAACACAGAAAUUUGACAUCUUUGGAUGUGGACUUUUUCAAGAAGCUGCAGGCAGUUUAUAUGGGCUCUAUUUCAUACUCAGAUCACUUGUUUGGAAUCUUACUGAAGGCAUUAGAAGACAAUGGUUACGCAGAUUCAACAGCCGUAUUUGUGUUUGCUGACCAUGGAGAUUACGCUGGUGAUUAUGGACUUGUGGAGAAGUGGCCCAGUGGUUUGGAGGAUGUUCUUACUCGUGUUCCUUUGCUGGUGAGAGUACCGGGUGGAGCCUCAAACCACGUUGUUAGAGAGCAGGUUCAACACAUGGAUAUAGUGGCGACUAUAUUACAUUUGGCGAAUGUCACCGCACAGCAUGUUCACUUUUCUGAGGAUCUUACCCCAAUUCUGAUGGGUGGUUUUGGUGAUGUGGAUAGAGCUGUGUAUUCUGAAGGCGGCUAUAGUACACAUGAACCACUAGAUUUUGAGGGUCGGUGUAAGGAUCCUGAACAAUCUGGGAAGUGUAAUCCACAGCAAAUUUACUACCCGAAAGGUCUUCAGCAGCAAAUGGAGCCACUCAGUGUUUGUCGUUCUGUUAUGAUUCGUACUCUAACACACAAAUUGGUGCUUAGAUCAGACCCUAAGGAUUUCGAUCAUUGCUCUGAACUCUACGACUUGCAGAAGGAUCCAAGGUAUUUUACUGUCUUUCCAACUGUCUAUCUCUAUAAAUUUAAUUUGUGUCUUGCGAAAUUCUAUAUGCACGUAGGGAACUGAAGAACGUGUACAAUGAAUCUGAGUAUGCACAAGUGCAGCAGCAGUUGAAGCAACAAUUGCUGAUUUGGUACAUGCAAACUAGUGAUGUCACACCAUACGCUGAAGAUUCUAGGGGCUACUUUCCACCACACAACCACAGUUUCAACGAACUUCAGCAUUUUAUGGGACUUGGUCUAGAGGCCACUUUG